AUGCUGCGCGGCGCCGCCGCCAUGGGGGAGCCGCAGGCGCAGCGGCUCGCGGCACCCGGCAACGCGUCGGCGCCCAGCGCGGGGCCCUCGGUGGCGCCGGGCGGCGACGGCGGCGUGGCCGUGAGCCCCUGGGACAUCGCGCUCUGCGCCACGGGCACGGCGGUGGCGGGCGAGAACGCGCUCGUGCUGGCCGUGCUCUUCUACACGCCGAGCCUGCGGGCGCCCAUGUUCCUGCUCAUCGGCAGCCUGGCGCUGGCCGACCUGCUCGCCGGGCUGGGGCUCGUGGCCAACUUCGCCGUGCGCUACCUGCUGCGGCCGCCCAGCGAGGCCGCGGAGCUGGGCGCCGCCGGGCUGCUCCUCGCCGCCUUCUCCGCCUCCGUGUGCAGCCUGCUGGCCAUCACCGUGGACCGCUACCUGUCGCUGUACAACGCGCUCACGUACCACAGCGAGCGCACGCUGGGCUUCACGUGCGCCAUGGUGCUGCUCAUGUGGCUGCUGUGCCUCGGCGUGGGGCUGCUGCCGCUGCUGGGCUGGAACUGCCUGCGGGAGCCGAGCGCCUGCAGCAUCCUGCGGCCCGUCACCAAGGACAACGCGGCCGUGCUGGCCGUCACCUUCCUGCUCCUCUUCGCCCUCAUGAUGCAGCUCUACCUGCAGAUCUGCAAGAUCGCCUUCCGGCACGCGCAGCAGAUUGCCGUGCAGCACCAGUUCAUCGCCACGGCGCAGGCCACCUCCACGCGCAAAGGCCUCUCCACCCUCUCGCUCAUCCUGGGCACCUUCGCCCUGUGCUGGAUCCCCUUCGCCAUCUACUCCCUGGUGGCCGAUUCCAGCUACCCGGCGGUCUACACCUACUCGCUGGCGCUGCCGGCCACCUGCAACUCCCUCAUCAACCCCAUCAUCUACGCGUUCCGAAACCCCGACAUCCAGAAGUCGCUGUGGCUCGCGUGCUGCGGCUGCGUCCCCUCCACGUUCUCGGCCAGACCAAGGACAUCCAGCGAUGUGUGAGGACUGAGCGCGCGGCGGGACCCACUCCGGCGCUCACCUCCUCCUCCUCCUCCUCCUUUUCCCCUUCGUUGUUACUGCUUCCUCCUGGGAGGAGCCCCCCCAGCCAGCACAUCUCGUUCCAUGGGA